GAGAUCAGCCGCUGUCUUGACGACACACAACAGGUUUCGCGAUCGCGAGCGUGCAAUUUCAAUGCAAAUGCAAAACUCCAAUGACUGAUGACGUGAAUGAAGGGAGAUUGUGUUGUUGUUGCUGAUCAGUUUUUGCUGCCAUUUUCCAGAAAGAAAUGAACUCUUUAAUUCUUAUUGGAGGUGCAAGAGAUAUCUGACAAGACAAGACCUAUCCAAAUUGAAAAGAAACAACUGAUGAUUGGAAGCAGUAAAUUUAUUUGUUCGAGUCAAGCAAGAAAGAUAAGAUUAAGAUUAAGAAGAAAGGUUUGAAAUAAUUUGAAUGAAGAACUAGGAUUCUGUGACUCCAGAAUCCUCUCAUUUGUCAACACAGUGACAUUGUCGUCAGCCAUCAGAAAAGGGAAACCCAGUAAAGACUCUACCAAGGUCCAAGCCUCAAGCCAGGACAGCUGACUAUAAAUAAUUUACGCCUAGCCUAACACUUAAGACUUUAUACAGAAGACAGUCAAGAGGUCAUCAAGUUCAACAUGACGACUGUCAGGAGACAGAACUUGACGCACGCAACUCAAGAGCGCAUGAUGGUGCAGGCCAGACAAAAGGAAGAUGCCAGGGAGGACCACCUGAAAAGACUCGGCAAAGAGAAAAUAUUAGAAGCAAACAUGGCCAGCGAGGAGAAGGUGGAGAACAAGAGAUAUAUAAGGAGGCUCCAACAGGAAGAAAUGGAAAGGAACAUGGCAGAAUCUAUUCAAAAGUCUCAGCAAGAGAGGAUCCAGAGGGAGCAACAGAUGGAGCAGGAGGAGCGUUUAGCCAACAAGCUCCAGCAGCUGAAGGUGGACAGCCAACGCAAGGAGAAGGUUCGCCAGCAGAUCAGGGAGAACAGUCUGGAGCUCAGGGAGCUGGAGCAGAAGCUGAGGGCCGGUUACAUGAACCGGGAAAGGGCAGCGCAGAUUGCGGAGAAAGAGGCCAGCAAAUAUGAUAAGACGGCAAGAGACGCGGACAUCGCUCGUCUGAUGAUGGAGGAGUCCUCCCGCGCCGAGGCCGAGGAUCAGCGCAAGCUGGUGGAGAAGUACCAGGAGAGCGUGCGUUACCAGCAGGAGCUGGAGAAACAGCUGGAGGAGCAGGAGAAGAAGAAACAGGAGGCCUAUGAGGAGUUCUUGAAGGAGAAGCUCAUGAUAGAUGAGAUCGUCCGGAAGAUCCACGAGGAGGAUGAAAGAGAGAGGGAAAUCUACCUUGAGAAGCAGCAUGCCACCAAGCGCUACAUCGAUGAGGAUGCCGUUGCCCGACAGAAGUGGAAGGACCUGGAGAAGCAGAAGAUGGAGCGAGAAAACAUGGAGAUCCUGGCGUUUGCCACCCUCCAGCAGCAAAGGGAAGAGGACAGAAUGGAGAACAAGAGAAUGCAGGAGGAGGCCAAGGCGUCCGUUCAGAAGAAUCUGAGCGAGGAGAUUGCCAGGAAGCGCGCCAUGGAGGAGGAGAUGGAGCGGGUCCGGGACGAACUCUACCACGAGGAGCAGGAGGAGGCGGUCCGUCAGAAGGAGCUGGCGGAGAUCGAGAGGCAGAUCCGCCAGAGGCUGGAGCUCCAGAAGACCUACCAGGAGCAGCUCCGGCUCAAGAGGAUGCGGAGGCAGGCUGAGCUAGAAGAGGAGGAGGAGUUCAAGCGACAGAUGCUGGCUAAGUUUGAGGAAGACGACCGCAUCGAGCAGAUGAACGCUCAGCGUCGACGAAUGAAACAGCAGGAGCACAAGCGCCGCGUGGAAGAGCUCCUCAGAGACCGCCGUGCCCAAUUUGCGGCGGACAAGGAGCGGGAGAGGGCGGAGCGCGAGGAGGCGGAGAACCUGGAGAAGCUCCGCAUGGAGAUCAUCGAGGAGGAGAGACAGAGGCUCCUGAAGGAGCACGCAUCCAAGCUCCUGGGAUUCCUGCCAAAGGGAGUUAUCAGAGACGAGCAUGACUUGGAGCUGUUUGACGAUGAUUUCAAGAGGAAUUACAGCGGCCGACAGAGGGACAUGCACAGUGCAGACGGCUGGGAUUAAAAAAUAACACACAUCAAUUUAAAAUUAAUGAGUACUAAAAAAAAACAUGAAUGAACUUGAGAUUGGAACUUCUUUUGCUAAUCUCCCAGAUGAAUGGAACGAUCGAUGUUCCAACUUGUGGUCAACGGUGAUUAGAACAGAAACAGGUGCAUUUAAUUUGGGAAGGCUCCGAUCGUGGAUGCCCAUUCCGUCCAGCUUGGUUAACUUGGGAAAGUUUUGUUUGUCUUUUGAGUAUAUUGAAAGUGAGUUGAAUCAAUCACUCACAUGCGGAGGUAAAAAAAGAGCAGGUAUGAAAAUAAGAUAAAUAUCAAACUCAUUCUAAUAUCUUGACAUUAGGACUUCUUCUUAAUUCUGAGAGUGCUUCACGUACAAUCCCGGACGCUCUUUCCGUCCAACUUGGUUAACUUGGGAAAGUUUUGUUUGUCUUUUGAGUAUAUUGAAAGUGAGUUGAAUCAAUCACUCACAUGCGGAGGUAAAAAAAGAGCAGGUAUGAAAAUAACAUAAAUAUCAAACUCAUUCUAAUAUCUUGACAUUAGGACUUCUUCUUAAUUCUGAGAGUGCUUCACGUACAAUCCCGGACGCUCUUUCCGUCCAACUUGGUUAACUUGGGAAAGUUUUGUUUGUCUUUUGAGUAUAUUGAAAGUGAGUUGAAUCAAUCACUCACAUGUGGAGGUAAAAAAAGAGCAGGUAUGAAAAUAACAUAAAUAUCAAACUCAUUCUAAUAUCUCGACAUUAGGACUGUUCUUAAUUCUGAGAAUGCUUCACGUACAAUCCUGGACGCUCUUCCCGUCCGAUUUGUUUAACUUACAGGAAGGCUUUGUUUUUCUUUGGAGUAUAUUGAAAGUGAGCUGAAUUAAUCCCUCACAUGCUGAGGUAAAAAUGAUAUGAAUAGUCCAUGGGGAUAUGAAAGACAAAAGUCAUGCGUUGCGCACCACUUGAGUUCCGUAUAAGUACUGCUUGAGGUAACACUAGCAAAUAUCAAAAUAUAAAUAAGUCAUAGUGAUGCUAUGGAUAAAAGUAAAAGUCACGCUCCACUUGAUUUCCAUAGCAGGGUUAUUAUCAGUAAUUUAUAGUGGGACAUUACAUGGGUCAAGUUAUGGUGGAUUGAACGACCUUUCAGUUUGCAUGGCAUAAUAUGUCACUGCUAACCCCAUUCUGCUUGAACUGAAAAUCAAGAUGGUGUACGGACGCCAUACUUAAAUGAGCUUAUUUUCCAAUAUUGAGGUAAACUUCUAGUCUACAGAUAUAUGGCUCAUGUGUCAUAUUGCCUGAAAUGGGGUUCCCUGGAAUAUAUGAAAUACUAUCUACCCUCCAGAAAAUAUGGGUGUCUUGUUUCCUCUUAUUUGUUCAAUAUUUCAACAAUAAAAUAGUCUCAAAUAUAUAGAUAGUUAUGUACAUAUUGUAUGGUAUUGGAAAGGGGAUGAGAUUUUGAUAUUGGUUAAUUGAUUGUGGAUUUUGUUAAAAUAUAUAUGUAUAUCUUUAUUAUGUUCAAAUUAAGUGGAAUUGUAUUUUCUUUAUAAACUUGUAUUGUUGAUGUAGACUCAACAUUCCCUUAUAGUUUCUGAAUAUAAGAGAAAUUGAUCUUGUUUUCUUCAGAUUGAUUUAAAGAAAAUAUCUUAAAAGGAUUGAUUUCUUAGAUUUUAAUAAGUAUUUCUUUAUGUUUGAUAUAUAGUUGCCAACUGCCUGAAAUGAUUGGGCAUACCUAUUCGGGGUCUCGUAACACAAAGGUUAGCAAUUGAUCAUACGCUUGAUUUUCACAAUUGAUAUUGCAUUGUAGUCAAUGCAAUCUAUCAUCCAAGUUUCUUCUGCGAUCAUUGCUAAGCUUUGUGUUUACAAUAGUCGGCAUAUCGUAAAUGCUAGCACUAAGUGAAAUCUGUUUGGGCUAGACACAAAAAUCUUUUUUGACUAACACCUCACUGCGACAAAAUCUAAAAAUAAUUGGCUCACUCUUUAUGCAUGUUUCUGUCUGAAUUAUUGUUGCACAAUAGGUUAUUUGCUACGGGGACAAUGACUCUAGGCUUUAUUUUGUCUUAAGAUAUAGGGUUAUGGUUGCAAGAUGGUUUUAUUUUAGAGGUUUAGGGUUCGGUGAAGGAUGGGUAUAGUGUUAAAUCCAGGGGUGAUGUUGGUCAUUCCAUAAAUUUGUGGACUUUACAGCUGAGCAAUUGUUGCCAGAGCAAACGAAAUGAAAACAGUUCCGAACCAGUUCAGCUGCAACUAAUCACCCAAAUCCCCACCAUAAAAACUUCAUGCUCAGUAAUUCUUUGUAAUAACGUUAUAAGCUAUUUGUUUUAUAUACAUAUGUACCUAUGAUUUUGUAAUAGAUAAAGAAUUUAUGAAAGUUUAAAAAUCUAGCAAUUUCUGUUAUGUAUGUUCUAUUCUUAUUCAUGGGUAGCUCCGAGUAUUAUUAUUAUUUUUUUUGAAGGGGGGGGGGGUCUGAUGCAGUCUUAUUUCUCCUCGUUUUUUUUUUUUUUUUUAGAAAAAUCGUAAGGGAGGAGCCGUGAACCCAGCCUCCUCUUAUAUAUUACAUAUACAUAUGAUUGAAGUUAUUUUUUGCUAGGUUUGACUUGCGAAAUCUAUGAAAAUGAUAACCCAAUACAAAUUACCAUUCAUAGUAAACAGCAAUAUUUUUGGUGCCUCUUCAACAUUGUGCUUAUUCUUGAAUGAAUGUUCAGGCCAUGAAAAGCCUGGAGCUAACACAAUCUUAUUAAAAUAUCUAGUUAUAGACAUAUUGGAAAAAUAUAAUUCAUUAAUCAUGAUGAAGGAAUAGUGACAGAUGAAGUCACAUGUAUCUGAAAAUUAAACUAGUAGUAUGUCCAACUGUUGGUGAAUUUUUAGUGUAAGAAUAUUCUACUAAUGCUUAUAAUAAGCAUACAAAUAAUUUGAAAAUAUAUGUAAAUAAUAUUGCAGUAAGUACAUUAUGUAAAUUUAUGUUAUUAAAGAAAAAGAUAAAGUAUA